AUGUCCUAUCAAAGUAUUGGUGUCACAACCGUGGACUGCCAAAAGCAAGUCCGCUCCUGGAGGCUUCUUCGCUCCCUUAUAGAGCUCCUUAUUCCAACCUGCAAUUGCACCUUCAUAGAAGAACGAAAAACUAGCAAACCAGAGAAACCCCUUCAGAAUUACUAUUAUCAUCCUAAACCCACCUUCGCUUCUUCUACUACAAUCACAGGCACUAUCUUUGGUUUUCGCCGAGGAAAAGUUAGCUUCUGUAUCCAAACAAACACUAAAUCCACCAACCCAAUUCUUCUCCUGGAAUUUGCAGUGCCCACAAGUUUCUUAGCGAGAGAAAUGCAAGGUGGUAUCCUGCGUAUAGCGCUAGACUGUGCCAGUAAUGGAUAUAGCGCAAAUUAUGAUUCUAGUUAUCUUUUGUCCAUGCCAUUAUGGACUAUGAAUUGCAAUGGAAGGAAAGCUGGGUAUGCAGUUAAGCGCAGACCAUCAAAGGUUGAUAUGGAAGCUCUGAGGCUAAUGGGUUCUGUUAUUGCAGGAGCUGGAAUUAUUAGUGGAAAGGAACUUGACACGGACGAUGAACUCAUGUAUCUUAGAGCAAAUUUUGCUAGAGUUUCUGGAUCAUCAGAAGCUGAAUCUUUCCAUUUGAUAGACCCAGAUGGCAGCAUAGGUCAGGAGCUUAGUAUCUUCUUUUUUCGCUCAAGGUGACCCUAUUCACAGAUACCUUCCAUCGGUUAGUCGAUCGGUGAUCUCAACUCAAGC